AGAUUAGACGACGGUUAGUGGAGAUGACGGUAACCGGAAAUGAAUUGAACUAUUGAGCAUGCGCAGUAAAUGUUUUGAAAGAAAUUGCUCCGUCCACAUCACGACGACGACGCCAUUUUUGCUGUUUUGCCGUUCACUAGAAAACGCCUCUUACUUUUCAUGGAUCCAAAGCCGAGGCAAAUGGUUUGGUCGCGAGACCAUGACGAGCUGUUGUGCAGGGAAAUCCUGGUCGUAGAUCCCUUUACAGGCACAAGGCGAAGGACAGUACAGAGGGGCACUAAAUGGAAUGAGAUUGCACAAAAUCUCAACAGCGUUCAGCACGUAUCGUUCCGAGUCAACCAAAGGUCUGUGAGAGAAAGAUACAACUUACUUGCAAGAGAAUUUCGAAAGAAAACGAAGGACGAAGAAUCGGCCAGUGGCAUCGAAAUUGAUGACGUUAGUGAAAUCGAUAAGGCCCUUGAGGAUAUCGUAGAAGUUGAAGAUGCAGCAGAUCAAAAUCAGCAGGAUGUUACUGAGCAAAAAUUGCAAAAAGAAAAUAAAGAUCGAGAAGAUGCUGAAUCGAUUCGAUUAAUGGCCAUGGAGACGUUGGGUGAAACUCAAAAACGAAAACUCGUUGAUAAUAAAGCCAAUAAACCAGUAAAAAGGCGAUCAAACGGCAGUGAUGCAGUUAAUUAUUUGAGGGAAAAAUCUGCUGUAAUGAAUGAGUGGAAAAAAGAAGAGUUAGAUUUGCAGAAACGGAGGCUGGAAGCUGAUAGCAAGAAACAUGAUGAACUCAUGCAAAUGAUGAUGAAUCAACAACAAAUCCAACAACAACAACAAAAGCAACAAAAUGAUCUUAUUCUGACUUUGUUAACACAGCUGAGCCAUAGAAAGUAAGCUAUGACAAACUAUUAUAUAUAUAAAGUGUUCAUAUUCCAUUUUAGCUUGGACUAUAUUGAAAUAUAGUUUCUAAAAACUGUUAGUUUUUACAUAGUAUUUAAAAAAAACAGUGAACAUUGUUUUGUUAUUCUAUGAAGUCUUGAGAUAACUAAACGUUUAAGGUUAUAUGGUUUUAAUAUUGUACUGUACUUUACAGAGUGUGCAAUAAAUGUUUUAUCUACAA